AUAAAGCGUCAUUUAGACGCUGAUUUUCAUUAGUCUUGUACGUUUUAUACCUAACAUUUUACUUGUCUGGUAUAUUUUGUUUAUCGUGUGAAAAUGCAAUAUCUCACUUCAUUUUCUUUAAUUAUGGGUAUCGUUGGUGCUUUGAUAGUAAGGAGUGAUUGCCAAUGUAGCUGCACUGAUAUAGAAGUUAUUAAACAUCUUCUACAAGAAAUGUUCGAAAUAAAACAAGAAGUAUACAAAUUACGUUCAGAAACAGACUCAAUCAAAGUUUCAUGCCCGGACGUUAAAUGGAAAAAAUAUGGAAAAAAGUGUUAUCGAUUUAUCAAAGAUCCUAACACAUGGUCAGACGCUAAAGAGGAAUGCAGAUUGAUCCACGGCGACCUUGUAAGAAUAGAAAACAAAGAAGAGAAUGAUUUUAUAGCGGCUAAUAUCAAGGGAGAGAAAUCUCGUUUCUGGAUUGGGCUGGAUGACACGCAGAAGGAAAAUGACUGGCAAUGGACGUCAUCGGAAGGAACACAAAGUCUUGGAAAUUUUUCAAACUGGGCACCUGACGAGCCUAACAAUAAAGGGGAUGAGGAUUGUGGCAUAAUAUAUGCACAAAGCAAUGCUAAAGUCAAAGGAAAAUGGAAUGACGAGAAAUGCUCGAAAAAGUUUUCAUAUAUUUGUGAAAUAGUGAAACUGCUUUGAAUUGUGUUCAUAAAGUCUGUUCUUUGACAACAUAUUCAAUUGUAAAAUAGUA